AUGUUUCAUAUGCGUCGAUUUAUGCCGCCUCUACGAGCGCAUGGUAAGCCGCACAUGAAGCUUGUUGGGAGUCAUUGGCCAUCCGUCUCGUUUUCAUUGUCUUCCUCGUCACAGGACUGGCGUCAAGUCGUGGCCGAUUUCCAGCGCAAAGCAAAUGACACAAGUGUAUCACUGCUGGCGGCGGAUGUUGAAAACGUCGUCCACGUUUGUAUGCAAAGUGAUCGUACACGAGAAGCACUGGACGUAGUGCACAAAGCACAGAAACGCGGUGUUGUGGCUCCACUACAGUUGCAGGUGCAAAUUUGCUGCUCGUGGGCUCGAAAGGGCCAGCCAGAACGGGCACUAGCCAUGAUGUUAGAGCUACACAAACAGUUUAGUGAGCAGUUUGGAUUGCUGUCAAAGACACGUGGAAGUGUCUACGACCCGUUGCUGUCAGUGUUCAAGUCACAGGGUGAUUGGCGCAGCACGCAUGAUGCCAUUGCACAAAUGCAUCAAUUAGGCAUCACGCCUACAUUGCGUACGUUUCGGGUGCUCAUGUUAACAUUGGCGAAAGCUCGUCGAAAGGAUACGUUGCUGACAACGGUAGAAUUUGUGGAGAAGAAAUUUCCUGAGGUUUGGACGGAUGUGACCACGCUGACAGCCAUAUGUCAGGCACUUGUGGGUGUUAACGAGAACAAGCGCGUGUUGGAUAUCUAUCGCAAGCUUGACGGCAAUUGGGCUCGUGAAAAGGCUAGCACGAUGCUGUUCAAUCAGUUUCUGCUUGCUGCAUUCCGUAGCAAAAUUACCAAAUUGGGUGGCAAGAAGAGGGACAAACGAAUGAACAAAGGGACAUUGUCGGACAUGCAGGUAGCGAUGGACAUUUUCGAUCUCAUGCAACAAGCGCGCAAUGCCACACCUGAUGACUUUACAUUUGCAACCUAUAUGAUAGAACUCGAGAAGCGUGGUGAAUGGGAACGUUUGAUCGAUCUGUUUAACAGUAUGCUAGCUACUCAAACACGCAAUGAGAGCAGCGUAAGCAACAAAUCGCAGACACUGGUGAUUAAUGCGCUCUCUUGCGCUGCUGUAAUCCGAGCUCUUUACAAGCUUCAUGCGACCAGUGAUUCUGCCAAUGAUAUGAAUGCUGGGCCGCAUAGAGCUACCCAACCCAGCACGACUUCGAGAGGUCCGCAGCGAAAUCUGAAGCAGGACUUGUCAGUCGUGCUGAAGCAACUGCAGACGAUAGAUCUUCGAAACAUUAGCCAUGCUUCAACACUGAUUGAUACCCUGGAUGAAUGUAUGCUAUUCACAACAGCGUGCCAGACGUUUCAACGUAUGCUGGAUGAAGGUCUUUUGCAAAAGACUCCAUGGAGGCUGAAAGACGGAUAUGAAAUUGAUUUGCACACAUUCUCUCGCGGUGUAGCAAAGUGUGCGGUCGUAUCAGCGUUUAAUGAGAUCGCACGCUCCCAGCAAGGUAUCGGUGAUACGUCGUUUGGAGGCUAUACCUCAUUGCAAAAUGUUCGCAUUAUCACGGGUGUUGGUAAACGCAGUCGUACGUUCAUGAAGCCCGUGCUAAGGCAAGAAAUCACAGACCUCCUUACCAAGUCCAGUCGACCACCACUUUGGCCUUCAAUACAUCCGACUAACCCUGGUGUUCUCCUUAUACGCCAUAACGCUCUGCGUAAAUGGCUUCAGAAAGGUGGUACCAUCCGAUACUUUUGA